ACUCCCCAUUUUCCUCCUCCUCCGUCUGGCCAAGAAAAUAUCUCAUCUCCAGUCGCAAUUUUCUCGGGAAAAUGUCGCUUUGUCGUUUCACCCGCCCUUAAUCCUCCGCACUUUUUUUGAUAGCACCGCCGAGCAAGGUCGCCAUGGCCGUUCAAAUCCUCUCGCCGGAAGUCCCCACGCUCCGCGCCGUUCGGCGCAAGGAAUUUGCCGCCAACGAAUUCCCUUCCCUGAGCCCUAAUUCGAGAAAUCUCAAGGUCGUCCCGCGGCUCGGGAGGAACGAGGGUUUGGGGUCUAGGGCGAGAAUCCGAGCGCGGACGAAGGACGCCGAGUUGAGGAUUUCUUUGGAGUGCAAUCAGAAUGUGAGACUGUACGGACAAUUCCCUGCUCCGGUGAAGAAGAGCGAGGAGGAGGAGGAGGAGGAGCAGGAUUAUUACUUGAAUAUGGGCUAUGCGAUUCGCACUUUGCGCGAGGGCUUUCCGGAGCUGUUUUACCGGGAGCUCAAUUUCGAUAUCUACAGGGAUGACAUAGUCUUCAAAGAUCCGCUCAACACUUUCAUGGGAAUUGAGAACUACAAAUCUAUCUUCUGGGGAUUACGAUUUCAUGGAAGAAUAUUCUUCAGAGCUUUGUGGGUUGACAUCAUUAGCGUGUGGCAGCCGGUCGAAAACGUCUUGAUGGUUCGGUGGACUGUUCAUGGAAUUCCUCGAGUCCCAUGGGAGAGUCGUGGUCGAUUCGACGGCACUUCUCAAUACAAAUUUGAUAAGAAGGGGAAGAUUUUUGAGCACCGUGUCGAUAACAUCGCUACCAAUACACCCCAUAAGUUCAAAGUGCUAACUGUGGGUGAGCUGAUCCAGUCUCUGGGCUGCCCCUCGACACCAAAGCCAACAUAUUUUGAGAGUUCAUCCUCUUCAUCUUCGAGAAGGAACUAGCGUUGAGAAGUUGCCUAUCAAUUUUGCUAUACAGUGCGUCCUUGAGUUGUUCCCCGCAGGUUGAACUGUUGGCUGCUUUUUGCCCGGCUCAAGCAACUUGGAAUAGUAAUGGCAGGCUGUUAGAUUGACUCAUCCUAGAAGACAGUUGGUACUAUAACUGUAUAUUUGUAUAGUAUUGAACAAGUGUGAGCUGCCGUCCUUCCCUAGAUGGUGUGUCCUGUAUGGCAUUCUGUGCCACUGAGUUUGAAUUCACCAUGUUAUAUAUCCUAUAAGUCAACUGUUUUCCGGUGCCA